AUGGAGGCAUGCAAUGUGGGAGGGUUUCAUGACCCCACAGGAACACGGCUAUUGUUGAAUGUUUGGGCAAUUCAUAGGGACCCUGCAGUGUGGGAGAGGCCCACAGAGUUCGAUCCUGGACGGGUUUUGAAGAGUCAGACAAAAAUUGAUUUAAGAGGGAAAGACUUUGAAUUGCUUCCAUUUGGGUCAAGGAGGAGAAUGUGUCCAGAAUUGAAUCUUGGAUUGACUUUGGUUUCCUAUGCAUUGGCAUGCUUGCUUCAUAGCUUUGAGUGGAGUGUUCCAAGAGGUGGCACUGUACGUCAUGAUGUUUUGUCGGUGAGCCAAUGGCCACCUGCCACAUGGCGGACGUGGGCCCGCCAAGUUAAAAGGGUGCCGGAGGAGCUCCUGGCUGGGGAACCAGAAGCCGAAGGUGUACAACAGUAG